GAGUUCGACGUGCGGAAGUUGGUGCGCCAUGUGGCUAGUUCUAACGUGAUAUCUUCUUUGCGGAAUUUGUUUUUUUUUUUUAUUUAUUCGAGCUUAAAAAAAAUGUCAGUAAACGCGUCGCAGCUGAACCUGCUGGUUUACCGCCAUUUGAAGGAGAAUGGUUUCCAUUCAGCUGCUGAGGAGCUGCACAGGCUCACCCCUCAGGGGGAGGCAGACACAUCUGUGUCUUUAUCGGACAUCUACAAAUCAUGGUUGAAAACGUCCAAAAAGAAAAAGCAGAAACCAGCCAAAUGUUCCAGUCCAAGAGAAAAAGGAACGACGCCGACUAAAGACAAACUCAUCACAGCGAGGAAGAAAAACAACAAAGCUGUUAAAAAUCCAAGCUCGUCCAAAAAGUCUCCAGGGAAACGGGUUAAAAGUGGAGAAAAGUCUGCAAAGAGUGUCAUCAAGGCAAAGAAACCAAAGCUGGACUCUGCAGGCGAGGUUGCAGCUGCUGGUGGGGGGGAUUCGGACUCUGACAGCAGUCUGGAUGUGGAGAAGUGGAAGAAACUGGUCCUCCAGAUGACGGAGGCUGACUUAGCCAAAAUGGAAUCCAUCGACGCUCUGGGCUCGUCUGCACCCAAGCCCAAGAAAAAAAGAGUCCGAAAGCCACGUGCCAAACCUCUUCCUAAAUCUGCUUCUCCUGUUCAGGAUAAUGAAUCAGCUGGAAUGAAUUUAAAGAACAAGGAGGAGGAUGCAGCACAGACAUGGGAGUUAAAAGAUAUAUUCAAUAUAAGCAGGCCAGAAAAUACACCGCACCUGUCGUCUGGGACUCCACACCAGAAGAAACCCCUCAGCAAAGCAACGCACAGAGCAGCUACACCCACAGUGUCACCUAAAAAACAGCCACAAACUGAAAACACCAUCAUCCCUUUACCUCCCAGUGAGGUAACAACAGAUGAAAUAGCAUCUGAACCCACGCCGAAGAAGAAAGGAAAUAAAACGCAUAAAGAUAACACGGACAGGAACGCACCAGAGACGGAUAUAAAAGUUAUAAAGGAAAAAGCUGUUAAGAAAACAAAAAGUGCAAAAGCAGCAACUGAAGACGACGUGAUGGAAAAAACAACAACUAUUGCUCAGGACAUUUCUGAGUCAGCGGUACAAGAAAAGAAGGUAAAAAAGAAGAAGAGAGAGAAAGAAAACGCGACACGUGAUGACAACACGGAGACUGAAGCACCAGAGACUGGUGGACAAGUCCUCGAGGAAAUGACUGGACACAAAGUGCAAAAGAUUGUGCAGAAAACAAAAGGUGCAACAACAGAAGCUGAAGAAGACGUGACGGAGUCAGCGGUACAAGAAAAGAAGAUAAAAAAGAAGAAGAGAAGUGAGGGAAAUUCAGCUGAUACAGCUGAAGAAACAAAGAAAAAGAAAAGGAGGAUCGAUGGCAAGAACAACUCCGAACUGAAUUGUUCUGAGGAAUUAAAUACAGAGCAGACUGUAACAAAUACAGUAGGUAAUGAGGAAAGAUUGGAGGAAAAGGUAAAACGAAAGAAAGUGAAAAGAAAAACAGAAAUGGCCAUUUGUGAGGAACAUUUAGAGCAGGAAGCUGUAGAAGUCCAAACGAAUGCAGAGCGCAGUGUUGAAGAUGGUGAAAAUCCAGAGCGUACUGUUAAGAAAAAGAAAGCAAAGAAAAAGUCUGUUGACGAUGAGGAAAAUCCUGAGGAAGAAGCUCGAGAAAUUAAAACAAAACAGAAGAACCCUGACGAAGACAUUUCAGAGCAGACUGUUGAAGAAACAAAGAAAGCUGGUCAUAAGAAGGUGAGAAGUAAAGACAACAUAUCUACUCCACAGACAGCAAACUGUAAGAAACCAGAAGAUCUGGAGCAUUUAUCUGAUACAGAUUUGAUGGAACUACAGAGCCAGGAGACAAGUCCUCACAAAAAGAAGAAGAAAAAGAAAAGCAAACUAACAUCAGACGAGGUCCCAGAUGAAGCUGCUGUUUUUGCUCAGGAUGUGACAACGACACAAACCACACCGGCUGACUCCCACAGAAAGAAAAGGAAAUCCACACACACAGAGUCCUGAGGAAAACUGACGGUUCGUCCAUGCAGGAACCAAGAAUGAAGCCACACAAUAAUUCUAUUUUCUUAAAGUGCUGUAUUCCUGAAACAGACUAUUUUAUUUUGGUAUGACUUUUCUUACUUUAAAAGAUUAGUAUCAAAAGUAAAUGCUCUUUAAUCACUUUGUCUGACGUAGGAAUUUAACCCGAGACCUUAAAACGUGUUCUCUAAAUUUAUAUUUUACAUUUUUAAUGAUGACCUAAGUGCGAUAAUCAAGAGAAGCAUGUUUUUGUUUGUGCUCACAGAACUUUUGAUGUUUAUUACUGCCCCGUGUGUUUCCUACUUCACACUUCAACAAAUUAUGUGAA